CGCUACAUUCUUGCCACCACUGGACCAGAGCCAGCUCUUGUUGGUCCUUGGGGUGGAAUGAAGCACCCAGUUGCGAGGGUGGCAGGACUGAAUGGUGAUGAUGAAUGAAUGCAGUUGACACUCGGGCCCUCUCCGUAUUAAUGUCCAGGUGGAAGGCCGAAAACAUCAGGUCACCCUCUCCGACUCGUUGUCGGUGUUGUGCGUUGUGCGUUGUGCUGCUGCUACAGGUGUGUGUGCACAGGACUGUGCUGGAAGAAUGUCUUGCUGCAUCUAGGUCUGUCGAUGACAGCAUCUUCCCUCGGAGAAUGCUUUGCAGUACAGACUUGUGUGUGCCUGACUGAUUUGCCUCGAUGAUGUGGUCUUUGAUGCAUUGCUUGCGGGGUGCAGCAGGGAACUAAGUGGCAUCCUAUGGCUGAGGGUCUCUGAGACGGGAGAAGCAAGCUUGAUAUUGUCCUUGGUGGGGAACCAAUCAUUAGAAUUGCCACAUAGCUCUUUAUACUCUCUUUAAGUGUUGUCAGCUUUCGGAGAAUGGCCUGACAGAGAGACAGCAGCGUCAGGAGGAGGGGUGGGGGUGAGAGUGCAGUGCAGUGCAGUGCAGUGCAGUGCAGAAGCUUAAACAGCAAUUGAAACGUUAUUGUAAUGGACCGAAAGGUAGAUGCAGGUUUGGUUGUGUACUGAUCAGAAAGGUAAGUCAGCUUGCACCUGAUCGGGCAAUUCGUGAACAGACUGCUAAAGCGACGGGAUGGUUUCCCUGUUUGACUUAUUGGUGAAAAAAGCGAAAGUACAGCCCUGAAGUAUCAGGGUCGCUUGUUGCCAAGGUCGGGUUGUGCAAUGGGUCUGCAAGGAUCAGGUUCUCUCACAUUGUUAAGCUCUGCAAUGGCUGGGGUCGCAGAUUUCUGUGCCAAGUUCUGCACGUUUUUUUCAGUGCAGGCCCUGCAGGACCUGCAUGUCAGAAAACGAAGUCAUGUGUUUUCGUGAACUUCCGAAUUGAUUCCAACAUGAAGUAUGGGGGUCGGUUAUUGUGCAUAAGAAUCAGAAAAUGUGAGGGCAGACAACUUUUUCAUGCAAGGCCUUGCAACAACUUGUACCAAGUCCAUGCAUGGAUCAGUCACAUCACAUCAUUCCUUUUGUGGAGCGGACCGCUGCCGGUUCCUCGGGGGUUGGCACUUCACUUCACACUCCGGAAAAGGCCCAGACGACAACAAUAUCCGAAAAUGUGGCGAGUGCAAGACGUCCUUUCUCUGCGUCUCAUUCUCGAAUGGUGCCAGCAGCUGAGAGGGUUAAGUCCCAGGCUGCGAAUUUAUCCAUUCUCGCACUACGUUUGGUCAUUCUGUUGUAAUAUUGUGGAGGUAGCUUUCUUGUGUUAUAAUCCUAGAUAUGUAUAGUCGAGGAUGAUUUUGAUUACCGCGUAGGCACUCUAGGGCUAGGAUGCCCUGCGCGCAUCAGAUGUGAGGUCAUCUCGACCUUCGGACUUUGUUACGCCUCUGCGUGGUGCCUGCCAUUUGUUGAUCAUUGUGGACACGGAGCAUAUGUGGUAUUGUCUGUCUGUCCACAAAGUUGUCGGGCUGAGAGGGGCUUCUGUGCAUGGGUGGUAGAACCAUGUUGCUACGAUUCUGUUCUAUCAAAUGGUGAAGUUGGCAUUUCCGCUCUUAAGACAUCUAUCGGUAUUGUGAUCGAUCUCACAUGGCCUUGUCCUGAGGUCACAGUGCUUCUUGACAUCCUGUGAGGCGAGUGAGAAGUCUCAAGCCAGGCAAUACUGCAUGGCACAACAACAGCAAAGACUACAUAUAAUAUGGUCAUGGUGGUGGUGGUGGUGGUGGUGGUGGUGGUGGUGAUGGGGGGGGAAGAGGACGAGGGAGAGAGAGAGAGAGAGAGAGAGAGAGAGAGAGAGAGAGAGAGAGAGAGAGAGAGAGAGAGAGAGAGAAAGAAUAAGCUAUAGCAGUAUCUGGGCCUUUUAAGAAGUGAUCUUGUUUUGAAAUAAUUCACAGAAGUUUUGGAAUCUCAAGCCCUUCAUAUUUUGGUAAAGAAAUACAAAAUGUCUGGGAAGAUUUGGGUGCCCAGUAGGGUCUCGCUCGCGCCCAGGGCAGCC